AUUAACCGGAAACACCUGUGUCGGUGUAGCGCCCCCUGGUGGAGACCAACAGGCGCGUUCAGGACUGAUGGGGAAAAAGAAACUGAAACAGUAUGCGACUUUAAUUCGCCCACAGCAGAUUGAUUCACCAUGUCUUCAGAAGAGGAUUUCUCCCUGGUGGACAUCCAGAAGCCACCGGAAAACACGUUGGAGGGGGUCAAGGCCUCGAUCAGCAACUACAAGAAAAAGUACGAGCAGCUGGUCCAGGAGCAGAAGGAGCUGGCCGCCAGGAGGGACGACCUGCGGGAUCUGGCCGAGCAGUUCAGGCAGCGCACCAAAAAGCUGACCCUGGGUCUGAGAGAGGACGAGCUCGCCUACGAGGACCAGCUUGAAAAGGAGAAGGCCACCGUGAACCAGCUCAUGCAGGAGGAGGCCGAGCUGAUGGAGGAGAUCCGGAAGGCGGAGGCAGCCCUGGAGGAGGAAGAUGCCCGCAACAAACUUCUGAAAGAGCAGGCUGACGUGUUCACUGCCGUACCUGAGAGGGCGGUCGUCUUCAGUGGGGCCACAGCAAAGGUAGACGCCACACAGAAAUUUGACAUGGAUGCACGGAUAGUUUACCCGAUGGAGGGGGGGACGGCUCUGAUUACGUUUGAGGAAGAAGAAGUGGCCAAGAAGAUCCUGAGCAUGAGGGAGCACAAGGUGGAUCUGGGAGCAGAGUGCAACAUCACUGUGAAGGCCAGGCCAGUCAAGCUGAUGGUGCCCAGUCUGGUGGAGAUAGACUCCAAGGUGUGUCCUCAGCGCAUAUUAAUCUCCAACCUGCCCAGGAUGGAUGCAGAGAUCCUGACGAACAAGCUGGAGAUCCACUUCUCCAAGAGGAAACAUGGAGGCGGAGAGGUGGAGGAAUGUGAAAUGAUGCCUGACUCAUGGACGGUGGUCAUCACCUUUGUGGAGAAAGACGUUGCCAAAGGUUUGACAGAUACAGAAUACCAUGAAGUGAAACUACAAGACAAGAUGCACCGAGUGAGAGUGACUCCGUUUCUCAACGGAAAUAUUACGAACCUAAAGACCGAGAUGAAGGUGUGCCCUCGGACUGUGAUGCUGACGGGAAUCCCUGACGUCAUGGAGCACGAGACCCUGCAGGAUCUACUGGAGAUCCACUUCCAGAAAACAUCCAACAGCGGAGGCGAGAUCGAAGCCUUCCUCUACAACCCGCUGGGUCAGGACGCCUCGGCCCUGUUUGACACCGUCUCCCAAAACGUAGGGGAGGAGGAGGAGGAGUAGGCGGUAAACUUAUUACUGUUGCUCAAAAAACAAACCACAAAACACUCUUAAGUUCAGGUUGGAUGUGAAGACCGGAUCCAUCCUGCCAAAAAGUCUUACCUUUGUGAUGCAGGACGAUAUAAUCCAGGGCCAAGUAACAGACGUGUUUCUUAGUAUCGAGAAAACAGAACUAAUCUCUGAUGCCUGUCAGCAUUUAUCAAAUUAUAAAACUUAAAGCUGUAUAUCACAGAGUAUAUAACCUGGUGUUUCCUAUAUAGUUACUUAGAUAUAAAUACAAGGAUGGCAGUGACAUAUUAAGUCUAAUCACACUGAUGUAAUAACCUCAUUAAUCAAUCAGUAAUAAGUUUCAUUCCAUCAGAGUAUGAAGGACCUGCUUUAAGAUGUUACUUUGUAUUUGCUUGGUGCAAUUAAACUGGUGUGUGACAGGA